GUCUUUCUCCCAAAUUUGAAUUCCAAUCUAUUCUCUCUCCCCCGCUCUCUCCUCCAUCAGUCAUCUCUUCAACUCAACGUCGUCGAUCGCCUCAGAUUUGAAGAAGCUCGGCGAUGAAUCACUACCACAUUUAUGAGGCCAUUGGUCGCGGCAAAUAUUCGACUGUGUACAAAGGGAGGAAGAAGAAGACGAUCGAGUACUUCGCGAUUAAGAGCGUGGAUAAAUCUCAUAAGACCAAGGUUCUUCAAGAAGUAAGAGUUCUGCACACCCUUGAUCACCAUAAUGUGCUUAGGUUCUACUCAUGGUAUGAGACAUCAGCUCAUCUAUGGCUAGUCUUGGAGUACUGUGUUGGAGGAGAUCUAUUGACCUUGUUGCAGCAGGAUGGUAAGCUUCCUGAAGAAUCCAUCCAUGAUUUGGCUCAUGACCUUGUUAAUGCCUUGCAGUACUUGCAUUCAAAGGGAAUUAUUUAUUGUGAUUUAAAACCAUCCAACAUCCUGCUGGAUGAAAAUGGACACACAAAGCUUUGUGACUUUGGAUUAGCAAGAAAACUGAGUGAUAUAUCUGCAGCACCUUCUUCCCAGUUACCACAAGCAAAACGUGGAACUCCAUGUUACAUGGCUCCGGAAUUAUUCCAAGAUGGAGGUGUCCAUUCAUAUGCAUCUGAUUUCUGGGCUCUUGGAUGUGUGCUAUAUGAGUGCUAUACUGGAAAGCCUCCAUUUGUUGGAAAGGAAUUCACUCAGUUAGCAAAAGCAAUUCUUUUAGAUGCAGUCCCUGAACUUCCUGGAACUCCAUCCCGUCCAUUUGUAAAUUUGAUAAAUUCCCUCUUGAUCAAAGAUCCUGCCGAAAGGAUCCAGUGGCCUGAACUUUGCAACCAUGCUUUUUGGAGAUUGAAAUUUGUUCCAUUGGCUUUACCUCCCCAGCCUGCUUUUGCUGACAUGAUAGAGAUGUCUUCCGAGCCACAACUUACAGAGCGUAAUGGGAAUAGGCCUCUUCGAAACAAGACUCCACCUAAAACUUAUGGAAAAGAUUCAAGAGUGCAUGGUAAACAAGAUGAAAACUUUGCUGCUGGAGUCAAAGGAGAAGAAACACCUAUCAAGAGCGCAAUCAUUGGUCGUAAAACACAGGCCAAGCAAUCAGGUAGGACACCAGAUAAAAAGAACAGAGAUAAUACAAGCGGGGUGCAUCUCCUGAGGCUUUCAAGAAUAGCAAAAUCCAACCUACAAAGAGAAAAUGAGAAAGAGAACUACCGAAGGCCAUUACCCAAUAGCUCAAAGAAUGAUGCAGAAGUCAAAAUUGAAAACAAUGACAUGGAGCUUGAUUUCAAUGAGAGCACAGAAGAUGAAGGACCUGAUGAAACCGAAGGUCCUGAUAAUGUAUCUUCCACCACCGACGAUAGUUUAUCAACACCAAACAAGACUGAGGAGAAACUAGAUGUGGCGAACAAUGUCAAAAACCAGCUGGACACUUCUAAUGUGGAUGGCACACCUCUUUUGGAUGAUUCAAAAGCACAAGACCAUGAUUCGUCCUCCGACAUGGAAGUGAGCCCAGCUACACCACCCAGUGCUAGUCUUCAGCAGAAAACACAGAGGACUAAGGACGUCUCUGGGCGUGCCCUUGACUUUGGGACAGAGAAAUCAUCUAUGGACCUUUCAGAAGUUCUAUGGCAUCAGUCUGAUCUGUCUGUUAGGCCUGUAAUGCCGAGCAGAAAAUUUGACAAAGGAUUAGAUGCAAUUCCUUCUCUUCCAUUUCAUGUAAUUCUCCCGUCUGACUUUACGAAGACUCCUAAAGAUAAGUUGGAUGUGCUUUAUAGUAGAAUUGUGAGUAUCAUGAAUGGUAAUGUUAAUGUGGAGAAGCAAAAUGUGAUCAGAUAUCUUGAGAUGCUGAGUACCAAUGCUGAUGCUGCAAAUCUUUUGACCAAUGGACCUAUUAUGCUUGUUCUUGUCAAAAUGUUGAGGCAGUCCAAGGCUUUGGCUUUACGUGUACAGCUCUCAUCACUUGUAGGCCUGUUAAUUCGACAUUCCACUUUCAUUGGAGAUGAUUUGGCAGUUUCUGGAAUUUUAGGUGCUCUAACUGAUGGACUCAGAGAUAGACAGGAAAAAGUGAGAAGGUUUUCUAUGGCUGCUCUUGGUGAGUUGCUCUUUUACAUAUCUACUCUCAAUGAUCCUGCUAAGGAUAAUUACUCUCAGGAGUCUCCAUCAAAAGACAACCGCCCUUCUUCUUGCUGGCAGGUUCCGAAUUCAUUAAUCUCUCUCAUCUCAUCUGUACUAAGGAAAGGAGAAGAUGAUCUCACCCAGCUUUAUGCCUUAAGAACAAUAGAGAACAUCUCUAGUCAUGGUGGAUAUUGGGCAACUCGCUUUACAAGCCAAGAUGUAAUUAGCAAUCUUUGCUAUAUAUAUAGGGCUUCAGGAAAACAAGAAAGCAUGAGACUCACUGCAGGAUCAUGUUUGGCCCGACUGGUUCGUUUCAACCAAACUUGUAUACAGCAUGUUAUAGAGAAACUUCCUCUCAAGGAGAUCACUUCAAGUCUUUUCAAGGGUAACCAGCGUGAGCAGCAAAUAUGCUUGAACCUUCUAAACAUGGCAUUACUCGGGAGCAAUUCUCUGGCAAAUGUCGGGCGCUACAUUGUUACUCUAAUUGAAGAUAAGAAUCUUGUAUCCAAUCUUUUGUCUCUUAUCGAGCAGGGAAGUGAAGUCCUGCGGGGGAAGGCACUCCUCUUUGUGGCUUUACUUUGCAAAAAUGGAAAAAGGUGUCUAUCACAUUUCUUUUGCAAUGCACGAUUACUAUCUGCUGUUGAUAGACUUGCAAAAGAGAAAGACAAAUAUGUGCAGCAGUGCCUGGAUGCAUUUGUCAAAACUGUGGUCUCAACGUUACCAGGUUUAUUAGAAACUAUAACAGGAGAUAUUCAGCAGCUUAUGGGAGGCAGACGUCACGGGCAGAGCGCCAGCCGAAGUACUCCAAAAAACAGUGUUCAGUUCUUUCCUGUGGUUCUCCAUCUUUUAGGGAGUUUUUCUUUUAAGCAUUUGGUGGUCACUCCUCAGAUUCUACAACUUGUCUCGAAUCUGCUUAAGCUGACAGAGUCGCCUUUCCAGGGCAGGGAUGAUUUUCAGAUUACUCUUCUGCGAAUUUUGGAAUCAAUCUCGGAGGAACCCACGGCAAUCAGCAACAAUCCUGUCAUCUUCAUCCGCCAGGUUCUUCCUGGCCUCGUUGCCCUCUACAAAGGAAACAAAGACGGAGAUGCCCGCUGUUUAUGCCUGAAGAUCUUCUCCGAUGUGAUGAUCCAUUUCCUGACCCAAACGUCGAAAGAUGAAGAAAGGCUAGAAGAUCUGAAGGCUGUGUCUAAUAUUCACUUCCUUCCACUCUACCCAUCUUUAAUCGAGGACGAAGACCCCAUUCCUAUGUUUGCUCAAAAGCUGCUUGUGAUGCUCAUCGAGUCGAACUGCAUAAAGAUCUCGGACAUACUUCACAUGAAAGCAGUCUCACAGUGCUUCGAGUUCCUACUGGGUGAUUUCUCGACUCUAAAUGCAAGCAACGUAAUGCUUUGCCUGGCUCUAGCAUCCGCCCCCGAACUAGAAACCAAGAUUCUUUCCCAGUUAAAAGUAGUGAGAAAGAUCGGAAAUCUUUUAGAAUUUGUCUGCACCAAAGAGAUGGAAGAUUUCAUCGAGCCGACACUUGGCCUAUGCAAAGCAUUCCUUCUCCGCGCCGUACCCUCUAACGCUGAUGUCAUCUGUUCAAAGCAGCCGAGCCUCAUCAACGACGGUUAUACUGAAAAUGCAGCUGAUCCACAGCAAUGGAUAAAAGACAUUGUAGACUUCAGCGGCAAUGUAGGGGUGCUACUUGAGCUAACCUCGUCGUCUGAGGUUAAUAUUGCAGAUUUGGCGUCACAGUGUUUGACCCUGUUGUUCAAGGCAGCUCCAAGAGAAGCAACCAUGAACUUCCUCAUGAAUCUCAACAAGGUCUCUAAUAUCCUCGAAACCGGGCGCCGUGGUGGUAUCUCCUACACGGUGCUGGACCACAUCCUGCAUGCUCUCGGGUAUUCUUGUCGCCAAUAUAUGUUACAUGCAAUGAUUCUAUCCAUAUCUACUUCGGAUUUAGCCAAGACUGAGGCGUUGGUCUCGGAUCUUAAGUCUUCGAGCGUAAAGGGUGUCGCUGAAGCUGCUGUUCGGGUGGCUAGUGAUUUACAGAGGAUGCGCCGCUAGCCGUGUUACUCUGGAGGAAUUUCCAUUGCUGGCAGAUACAAAUCUGAAUCUGUAGAGAUGGUGGGAUUGAUUGAUGAUCACAGGAAAAACAAACAAACAGGUCAGGUGACUUUUAUUCCCUUUAGUUUCUUGGAUCUAAUCUUUUAUCUAUCUAUCUAUCUAUCUAUUUGUCUGUUUGUAUGAUAAGUCAUAACAUUUGUUUUCUUUCAAUUCUAUCAAAUCUAUAUCCUUUAUUUUUC